CUGGAAAAUACCGAUUGCUUCCACGUGGCGACGAAGCGCGAUGAUUCGAGUCGGGACCGUGCUCCUCCUACUUGCGUGGCAACGCGUCGUGGCCGAAGCCGCGUCGGCAGGCGAAGCUCGCACGUGGGUCUACGACGACGCGCGCAAUCCGUGGUCCGGCCGCGCCGUGGCGUCUGCGGACGACGGUCGCAUCGACGCUGUCCGCGCCUUUGUCGACCGCACGACGCAGAUCUUUGACGCGCCCGACGAUAUCUCGCUCGAGACGCUGCUCCAGAUGGAGACGGCGCUUCACGAGCACUUUCGCGCCCUCAUGGAGGCCGCGCCCGCCGACGCUGACGAGACGAUCGAGCUGCACGCGUCGCUGCAAGACCUCAUGGAGCUCAUUGCGAGCGAGCGCCGGUACAUCAAGGCGCAUCCGUCAGCGCCUCUCUCGGACGCUUUCGUCGAUAUCCACGACGACCUCCUCGCGCACGGCUACGACGCGACGACGUUCGAAUCGUGGGUCGCGGUCGCCACGACCGAGGUCGAGCCGGCCGUUGCGUACGCGCAAAUUGCGCAAUAUCUCUUGCUGGAGCCCAACGCCAAGGCGCACCCACUGACGUCACUCAAGCGCGUCCAUGGCUUUCUGGCGCAGGCGCCGACCCUCGCCUCGACGCAGGUGCUGCACGCGCUCUUGGCUCUGGCGUUCAACGAUACGGACCCAUCGGCGGUCGACGCCGCCGAAGCUGCGAUCCGCCUGCAUGCGCCGGAGGACUAUGUCGCGCGCAUGGUACUCGCCGAGCGUCUCUGGACGCAGCAGUGGGCGGCGAAGCGCGACGACGAGGCGCUCUGCGACCACGUCGUCGCGCUCUACUACACGAGCGCAGAAGAGAGCGUGCGCGAUUUGGCCGACGGCGUCGAGCCCGAGCCCAUGGAAGGCAGCCUGCGCCUCUCGCAGUUGUGGAUGCAAGGCAGCCAGACCAACGCGUACUUUGGCGAGGUGCCCGAGAACGGCCUCGAGGCCCUCGACUACUACCAGUCGCUCGCCCACGGUGGCGACGCGUACCUCUCGGCCGAGGCCGCGCACCGCCUUGGCGAAAUGCACUUUUUCGGCGACGCCAACGUCCCCGCGGACGCGGCGGCGGCUCGUCCGUUCUUUGAGCGCGCGGCGGCCGGCGGGAUCCCGCACGCGCUGGCGAAUUUGGGGCUCAUGCACGCGCACGGCCUCGGCGUGAAGCAAAACAGCUCGGCGGCCGUCGACUUGUUUACGCAGGCAGCCGAGCUCGGGUUUGCCCAGCACGGGCUCGGCGUCGUCUACUGGAACGGCGAUGCGCUCGUGCCCCGGAACGUGACCCGCGCCGUCACGCAUUUCGAGGCCGCGAUCGACCUCGAGUACUUUGAAGCGCACCAGUACCUCGGCGCCGCGUACCUCGAUGGCGUUGGCGUGCCCCGGAACGUAACCCGGGCGUUUGAGCACUUUAUGGCCGCGAGCGUCAAGGCGCCGUCGCGCCAAUCGCUCUUCAACGUCGGCGUCUUGUACUACCAAGGCAGUGGCGUCCAGCAGUCGUGCGAGAGCGCGCUGCGACACUUUCGCGCGGUGGCACUGCGCCGGGACUUGCCGGGCUUCUCGGUACGCCACGCGAUCGACUCGUUCGUCGCGGGCGAUGCGACGCGCGCGCUGGUCGAGCACCUCCUCCUUGCGCAGCUCAGCCACGUCGACGCGAUGGUCAACGCUGCCUUCCAGCUCGAGAAGCGCCUCGGCGAUCCGUGGGUCCCGCGUCCGCUCGAGACCGCGCUGCGCUGGUACGAGCACGCAGCGGAGCAGCACAACGACAGCGAGGCGCUGCGACAGCUCGGGCAGUGCCACGAGGCGGGCUGGGCCGACCUCUGCGCCCCGAAUGCGUCCCAAGCGCUGCAGUACUACCACGCCGCGUCCGGCGACGCCGAAGCGCUCUACCACGCGGGCUGGCUCCACCUGGCGGCCGCGGAUUGGCGGGCGGCGCGCGACGCCUUUGCCAAGUGCCGGGCGUUUGCCUUUCCGCACCACGCGCCGUGCGUCGCACCGGGCACUGCGCUCGACGCGUGGUCGCUGCUGCACGACUUGGCGGCGUGGUGGUCGACGCUCUGGUAGC